UCACUGCCCAUUUCCACCUCCAAAUUCAAAUUGAGCUCCGAUUUCUUCAAUCCGAGCCUCCCGAGUUGCAAUUCGAUAGGCUUUAAUCAGAGAUUGCGUGAUUCUCUUCGCGCCGAGUAAAUGCGGCGGCGCGGCGCAGAUUACCGGCGGCCGGGGAGGCCGAAAUUUCCAAAUGCAUUGUGGUUAACGAUUUGUGGAUUCGUGAUUGUGCUCUUCGUUUUGGUGUUGAGACGCGCGAAUCAUCGUCUCACUUCGAGAUCGGAGUAUACAAAGAGACCGCCUAGACAGGAAAGGUUCACUGAUGGGCUUAACAUCACUGACGAAAUGUUGAAUCCCGAUUCUCUGACGAGGCAACUGAACGACCAAAUUUCCCUGGCUAAGGGAUUUCUGGUUAUUGCGAAAGAGAGCAACAAUCUGCAAUUUGCGUGGGAACUCAGUGCUCAGAUUCGAAACUCACAGAUCUUUGUGUCGAAUGCUGUCUUAAGAAGAACUCCACUGGCAAUCAGCGAAUCGGGAACUGCUGUCCGCGACAUGGCUCUUCUGCUCAUUCAGGCUCAGCAGCUUCGUUACGAUAGCGCUACCGUGAUCAUGAGAUUGAAGGCCAAGAUACACGGUCUCGAAGAGCAAAUGAGCUCGACCAACGAGAAGAGUGCAAAGUAUGGACAGAUCGUGGCUGAAGAAGUCCCAAAGAGUUUGUUUUGUCUCGGCGUUCGACUGACCGGUGAAUGGUUCAGGAAUGCGUAUUUGCAGAGGAAGCUCAAAGAGAAUCGGCAAACUGCUUUGAAGCUCAAAGAUAACAGCUUGUAUCAUUUCUGUGUCUUCUCCGACAACAUCCUCGCUACUUCUGUCGUUGUGAAUUCGACAUCUCUGAAUUCGAAAAAUCCCGAGGAGAUCGUCUUCCACCUCGUGACUGACGAAGUCAAUUACGAAGCAAUGAAGGCUUGGUUCACCAUGAAUACUUUCGGAGGAGUGACGGUCGAUGUUCAGAAGAUCGAAGAUUUCAGCUGGUUGAACGCGUCCUACGUACCUGUUCUCAAACAGCUCCAAGACUCCGAAACCCGGAAAUACUACUUCUCCGACAGCGGUGGCGACAGUCGGACUCCGAUCAAGUUCCGGAACCCGAAAUACCUAUCCAUGCUCAACCACCUCAGAUUCUACAUCCCCGAAGUCUUUCCCGCCCUAAAGAAGGUGGUGUUUCUCGACGACGACGUCGUGGUGCAGAAAGAUCUCUCGCCUCUGUUCUCGCUCAACUUGAAUGGCAACGUCAAUGGUGCGGUCGAGACGUGUAUGGAGACAUUCCAUAGAUACCACAAGUACUUAAACUACUCCCACCCUCUCAUCCGCGAGCACUUUGACCCCGACGCCUGUGGUUGGGCGUUCGGGAUGAACGUGUUCGACUUGGACGAAUGGAGGAAAAGGAACGUCACCAGCAUCUACCACUACUGGCAAGAGAAGAACGUCGAUAGGACUCUCUGGAAACUCGGCACCCUCCCUCCCGGUCUGCUGACCUUCUACGGAUUGACCCAGCCUUUGAGCCCUUCGUGGCACGUGCUGGGCUUGGGCUACACGAACAUCGAUCCACACUUGAUCGAGAAGGGAGCGGUCCUUCACUUCAACGGGAAUUCGAAGCCCUGGUUGAAGAUCGGGAUGGAGAAAUACAAGCCCCUUUGGGAUAGAUACGUCGAUUACAGCCAUCCGGUGCUGCAGCAGUGCAACGUCCGUUAGGUUCGGUUUCGAGAAUCGGAACCUCCCUACACUGGGAUGAGUAGAAUCAUGCUUGCUGGGGUAAGUUAAUUUAGCCCUUCAUAUUUUAGUUUUUAUUACAAACAUACUGAUACGUGAAGGGAAGAUCAACCAAACCCGGGAGUGACUCAAUAGGUAUUUAAGU